CAAAUUUGAGUGAUUUCCUUAGUCACCAAUUUUUUUUUAUUUAAAAAGAUGGUGUCGAUUGGAGCGUUAAAGGACGUUGGUUCAUUCGAGAAUUGGCUGCUAAGCGAUCAAAACACGCACCGAUAGCGACGAUAACUUAACGACAAUGCGACUUGGAUACGUCAUUCUAAGUGCGGUUGUGAUCCUCUUGGCAAGCGUCGAGGUUUCUUCAGUGGCAAGCGAAAAGACGGCGAAGAAAUCCUACCAGACUACGGACCAAGAGCACGAAGAACGAGUGAGCGGUGUUACCACUGCUGCUGUGGAGAAGCUGAAGAGCGCGUUGUCAUCGACGAAGAUUUCUGACCGACUGACGAAGCUUCUCAAGAAAUUUGUUCGACCACCAUUCAGACUUCCAGAUCCACCGAAAUCCAACACGCUCCGUUUCCACAUGAUCAACCUUUGAAUCGAUGAGCUGGACAACAAACAGCAACUAGCAACUUGCAGCGUUGUAGCCAUUUCGUUCUUGUAGAGGAUAUUGCGUUCUAAUACAGAGGUUUCAAAACCGUUUCCAUCGUGU